AUGAGCACUCGAGCUUCUGCGAAACCGUUAGUGAAGGCCACAUCUAACCUUGACAAACUCAAAAAGCGCACCAAGCCACAAACAUUACAACCGUCAUCAUACGCACCAAUUUACAUAGACGCCACUCCUAGACCCAAACCCGGCCAUAUACUUCACGAGACUUAUUACGAGUCGGGAAGCACCGAGUGGGGUUACUAUUCCAAAAAAGAAGAACCAAUUUCCGAUAAAACACCUACUCCACCCGAAUCACCGAAGCCGGACAUCAACAUGGCCGGACAACAAAAUAAUCCACCCGAUCUUUUUCACACUAGAAUCGAGGACCUUCCUCGAACCAUACCAACUUCUCGCCAAUCGGCCGUCCUUUCUCCCGAAAUUGACACUUUCACGGUAAAAGGCAACCAUUUGCAAAUGGUUAAGAACUUGCGUUUUGAUAGGAGAAACAAAAGGGAUCCUCAUGAGCAUGUCGACAAGUAUGAGAUGAUUUGUAAUUUAUUCAACUAUGGGGAAAAUCAAAGCAACAAUGUCAAGAUGAAGCUAUUUCCGAUGUCUCUCACGGGUGAGGCUCAUAAAUGGUUAAAGGGGCUAGCACCGAAUAGUUUGACUACUUGGGGGGCGGUUAGAGAAGCUUUGAUUGAAAGGUUCUUUCCGGCUAUUAGGGAAAGAGAGCUUAGACUUGUUAUUCAUUCUUUUAGGCAAGAUGAGGAUGAAUCCAGUGUUGAGACUUGGCUAAGAAUGAAGGAUCUUUUAUGGGAAUGCCCCGGGCAUGGGGUGAGUGAUACCGAGAUUGUGGGUAUUUUCAUGGAUGGUAUGAAUAGGGAGAAUUUUGAGAAAAUGGUCAUGACUUGUGGGGGUAGUAUUACUUAUAAGACUUCAAGUGAGCUUUGGAAUAUGUUUGAGGAUAUGGCAAAAGCUCAAGUUACUAGGUCCCCGAGUAGAGAUAGGAGGUCAAGAAAAGUGGUAGCUCGGGUAGAUGAAGGUGAAACAUCCGAGGUAGUUGCUGAAAUUCGGAAACUUUCAAACCGAAUGGAUGAAAAGUUCUCUAUGGUGGAGAAUAACUUUAGAGGACUAGAGCGAUAUGUGAAGAUAAUGGCCGGGGGAUGUAUUCAUUGUGGAGGACCACACCAUGCCGAUGAAUGCCGUCACCAAGGUAAUUCUUCAAACUCUUCUAAUUUCUAUUCCAACAAUCGUGGUGGAAAUUUUCAAAAUAGGUGGCAAAAGCAGGAUAAUCACGGCACACCUCAACAAAAACAACCACCAUCACCUCCCAAGAAAGAUGACAAUGGGGGGGAAGGAUCACCUCUCAUGGCCAUGAUGGCUAAGUUCCUUGAUAAACAAGAAAAAAGGGAGGAAGCUCAAAAGAAGCGAAAUGUUUCAACGGAGAACUAUUCAAAGCUUUUGAAUGAUAAGAUUGAAGGCUUGCAUGUCAAGAUAGAUGUUGAGCAAUUUGAUGAAGAAUUUGAUGAAGAGGUGGAAAUGGAGUCACCGCCGGUGGUGACUACUUCGGUUCCUAAGGCUACACCAAUCAAGGAACCCGAAGUCAAGCCAUAUAAGCCAAAGAUCCCUUUUCCUCAACGGUUGAGGAAGGAGAAGAUUCAAGAACAAUACAACAAGUUCUUUGACAUGAUCAAGUCGGUGACAAUCAAUGUGCCGCUAGUGGAUCUUAUUUCGGGCAUGCCCAAUUAUGCCAAGUUCAUCAAAGAACUAGUGACGGACAAGAAGAAACUUGAUGAAGCAAAGGCAACCUUUCUAAAUGAAGAAUGCUCGGCGGUUAUCAAAAACAAACUUCCACCCAAGCUUUCGGAUCCAGGGAGUUUCUUAAUUGCUUGUUCAUUUGGUAGAAAAUUAACUUGUAAAGCUUUAGCCGACCUUGGGGCAAGCAUCAAUUUGAUGCCCUAUUCCGUUUUUACCAAGCUUUCUUUGAGGCAACUAAGGCCUACCAAAAUGAGCAUCUGCCUUGCGGAUCACUCUUUUCAAUACCCAUUGGGGGUGGCCGAAAACUUGCAAGUGCAAGUAGGCCAAUUUGUCUUUUUAGUUGAUUUUGUAAUUUUGGAAAUGGAGGAGGACACCAAGGUGCCUCUCAUUUUGGGCCGACCAUUUUUAUACACCGCGGAUGCUAUCAUUCGGGUAAAGGACAAGGAAAUUUCCUUGGGUGUCGGGGAAGACCGUAUUGUGUUUAAAAUUGAAAAAGCUUUGAAACAUUCUUAUUCUUCCGAUGACACUUGUUUUAGAAUUGAUGUUAUAGAUGAUGUGGUCGAGUUGGAAAAAUUGGAGCUUGUAGGAGUUGAUGGUGAAGAAAGCGAUGAGAGAAUGGCAAGCAUUGGAUAA